UGAAACAUCCGCGCAAAAUGUCAAUAAUUGUUUUGUUGAACAUCGCGAUUUUGCCAAAUUUACCUUGAAAUACACAAAGUUUCAAAGUAACAGCUGGAUAUUGGAUAGCUGUUUGUAUCCAUUUUCGGAUUUUAAGGCUGCAGCCGGUGUCCAACAGAAAAUGCAGCGAAAACCGGGGUAUCCAGUGGCCAAUUGCAACAUAAAAAUGCCAGACAGUGUGCCACUCUCAGAAGGGGUGCCCUGUGACGAUGACGGUGACCAGCAGCAGCGGAGGCAGCAGCUCAUCAACUUUGGUCACGCACAGUGGGGCUUCAACAAUUGGAGCUGGACUGUCAACAAACAGGAUCUGGAUUUUGUGGACUUCGCAAAUGGAAAGUACUGCUGUGGGGUAGCUGCGUUCGUGUGCGUGUCAGUCAAGUCGUUCGACAUACGCAGAGAAAACGUCGGCUACGCCACCUGCACCGCGCACCUGAAAGGCUCUGCCAUACAUCAGGCUAGGAAGUGUGCAGUAACAAAUGCUCUACGCGAGACGCUGCUCAGCUUCGGUGGCAGCGUCGCCACGGAGCUGAUGGAGAUGCUCGAGGUGCACCGAGCGGAGCCUGUACCAGUGCCUGUGCCUGUAGCUCCGCCUCUAUUACCGGAACCUCAGCCCGAGAACAACCAAAACCUAGCCAACAAGGACCCCAAGAACUCCCCGCUGCCUAAAAACAUCCCGAGAAAAGAAGAUGCCAAUCCGGUUAAUAUGAGGCAUCCUCUCCCGCCCGCGAUCAAGAAUGUAGUCCAAAAUCCUCCGCCGCCGGUCGCUAAAGCGCUACCGAUGCCGGCGAAUCUGCCGCCUGCCGCUAAUCGACCACCAGUACCGGUUGCCCCACGACCACCGGCUCCAAGACCCAACUCUAAUGUAAGUUUCGUCCUCCAACCCGUAAUGGGUGGAGUUGUCCCGCCGUUAUACGCCCCACAGCCAAGAAUGCCCCAUGUCACACCGCCCCACAUCUACCCCAACUACUAUGAGUACCCCUGGCAUUUCACUUACGAGAGCUACGACCGACACCACGGUAAUGUUAACCUAAAUUUCAAUAUCCCGCCGAAGAAUUUAGUGGUCAACAGCCGGUCGGGGUCCGUUGAGUGCAAGAACGCCUGCGGGGUCCGCCCAAACGGUCCGGAGGGUGAACCUAUCCAGUACCAUCCUCCUCAGAACCAGGGUUGCUGGAUUAAGCCCACUAUUUUCUAUGAUGGAUUCUGGACUGAGCAGAAAGUGAAAAAGUGGGUAGCGGAACAGGUUGAAAAACAGUUUCCGGAGGAUGCAUCACAGAAGUCCACUUCGCCUAGUAAUAGUGGGCAGCCGGACCCUAAGUCUUAAUAGCUGAAAUCUUAUGAAAACUAUAUUUUAAGUAGAGGUAUUAACCGGGUUUGAAGUUAAAAUUAAUGUCUUGAUGUCUAUGGGAAGCACACUAUACUUAUACUGCAAAUAUUUUACCAUUCAAAUGACUUCAUGAAACCGUAUACCUACUGAUGCAAUGGAUUUAGUCGUACAACUAUAAAAUAUUUGUGGUUUUUAAACCUACGUGUGUGCUUUGCUAGAAUUUAAACUCUUAGAACGAAAAAACAGGGACUUUAAAACAAGACAUCAUGAUUAUAUUAAAACUAGGGUGGUGCAUAAAUUUAAUCCAUGAUAGUUUAUAAAAAUAACUUGAACUCCUACCAACAUGUUUAUUUGUUCUGUAUCCUAGAGGGCUUACCGCGAACGACGAAAUUCGAUACUUCGAUAUUUGCCUCUCUAUCACCCUUCCAUUUUCGUGGGAUAGGGAGGCAGAUAAUAAAAUUUCGAUUUUCAUAUAAAGGCUCAUAAUUGGUUGUUUUUGUAAACACAGAGGUAUCCAGCUAGUGUCACUUCGCUUAUUUAUAUAUCUCAAGUAUUCGGCGUUUGGAAAGCCUAAAUAUAAGGUCCUAUAUUGACCUAGUUCACAUAGUUUUUAUUCCAUUUAAAUUAUAAAAGUUGUCACAUACAGUGCAGGUAAAAAUAAGAUACCGCCGAUAAUAUAUACGCGGUCAGCUACCUGGCAAGCAAGGAAUGGGGCAAGGGAGAGUGUCAAAGUACUACCAUAAAUGUCAAAUUACUAAAUAUGAUGUUUAUAACGGCGCUUCCGCAAUUUGUCGCUGCAAAAUAUAUGCAGAUACAGCCUCUACACUAGCAGCUUACUAAAUAGUAGCAAAAAGAAUAGAUGGUAUAGAGGGGUCCUGUCAUAGUAAAUGUUGUAGUCACUGUAAAUUUACUGCCAUCUAUCGACACACGACUAUAACUCAAAAUAAACACGUAUAAAAUUAUCAAAAAAAUUAAUAUAUAUGGAUAAAUGAUUUUAUUAUUGUUAUAUCAUUUUUACCCAUGCUCAUUCCCUGAUAUCUAUGUGUUAAAAUUGUUAAAUAUGAAACGGGGUCGUCACGCCAUCUAGCCGACCAUAGGCCAAAGGUUGUGUGCACCAUCUAUCCGAGAAUGACUUUUUCUUGAUUUCCGGGGCACGUAUUUUUCUUAGAUUUUAUUCAUCUUAUACAAAGUUAUAUAUGUCUUUGCUAGUAGCUUAGACUCUAGAUAUCAUUCCUAUAAGCAGGUAUCGGGUAUAGGGAGCGGGCAUGAACUAUAGGGGGCAGCACAGGACACAUCAGAUUUUUGGCCCGAGGCGUAAAUGUGUAGUUUGUUACAAGAUGGCAGAACGUACUAUGCACAAGAAAAUGUACGAGAACUUUAGAUGGCAGCACUUGCAAUGUACAUGUUUAUGCUUCAUAUUCAGACAAGAUGGCAAACCCUCUCAACGCGCACGGUCCUGACGGUCCUUACUACUCGAAUGAAUGAAAAAAAUUGCCAGCUACUUGGCUACGUAAGACUUCGUAAGAAGCCAAGCCUUCUAUAUCAGUAAAGGCUCGACUACGACGACUUGAGCCUUAAGGCUUAAAGUUUCGGUACGAUGUAUUUUAUUAUUAACUGCAAUGUUAGUGGCAAUGUAAGGAAUUUUGACGGUAUUUGGAAUCUCUAAAUUUAGCACACUAUUUUUGAAUCGUUUUUUCCGAACUAUGUCGUAAGUGUUAUUAUUAUUAGUGCUAUACGGUGACUAUUUAGGGUAGUUUUUAGGUUAGGGGUAGCUUCACAUGCUUAGGGUGUUAUAGACUUGCCAGGCAACGGAAUACACAUUAAUAAAUAGCUUUACAAGUAAUUGUGAAAUUGACUGUACCUGGGACGAGUAUAAUAAUGAAGACUGCUAAUCUGCCGACCGAACACUGCCAACAACUGUAAACCACAAAAUGUAUGACGCCGUGAAGCGUCAACUAUACUUAGUUUUUUUAGCAUUCACUCUCAAAAUCACUAAAUAGGUAUAGACGAAGGGUUGUAAAUAAAAAUAAAAGUAAAGUAGGAUCCUGUAUGCAAGAUAUAUGGUAAAAAGACCUCACUGAAGUAACUUUGAACUCGCAUCGCUCAGGCAUUGCGUCAUUAAGCAACUUUAUAAGAACAUUAGCAGUCUUUAUUAUGUAUAGCGUUAUACGCAGUUCACGGAAUUACUGUCUAUAUAACUUCACUGUUAGGAAACUAUUUUUAUCACUAGACAUCGUACAUUUUCCAGCAUUUUUGGUGCAGCAGAGUGGUGUUAACGGAAUUGGUAUAGAUAAUUUCAACUGAAAUGGUAAAUUAAGUUUAAUAUUAACGUAAUUAACGCUAAUUAAUCAUAAGGGUUGAAAUUAUUUAAGUAUACCAAUUCCGUUAACACCACUCUGCUGCACCAAAAAUGCUGGAAAAUGUACGAUGUCCGUUUAUCACCAUGUAUUAUGGUGGCACCUAUAUAUCAAAACAUAUACAUAAUUAUUAAACGUGUAUAAUUAUCGGAACAUAAUAAUCACGAGAAAUAAUAUUCCAAAUAUUUUAAUGCGUGUUGAAGUUAAAAAUAAGUAUUAAUUAAAGCAUUUAUUUGGGUUUUUUUUUUUUAAAUCGGGUUGUGUUUGCUUGUGUCGUUAAACAGGAAAUAAAAUAAUGUUUUUUGCUAAAUUAAUACUGGGGCAUUCCACGAGACUGUCGCUUACGUAACGCCUUGCAUGUAUGGCAGCUACCUCAAUAAAAUCUGUAAAUCUCGAGAAUAUAUUGCCAAUUUGUUAGCCAGGUCAUCAAAUAUUAACAUUAACCAAUAUCGCUUACACGGCAUUUCCAGAAGUAUUAGAAGUUACGUAAGCGACAUACUUGUGGAAUACCCCUAGUCCCCUACAGUAGGGGAUAUAAGUAACUUAUAGCAAUAAUAGUCUCAGAGUUAAAAGCAAUAAAAGAAAGUUGUGUCUAGGAACUUUUUCUUAAUAUCUGCCGGCAAAAGAGUCAGAAAUUAUUUUUUUUGGUACCUACCGACUUACAAAAGAUAU